AUGGCGCGGUACCCGGGCGUCGUCUCGCUGGACUUCCCACCAGAGGCCUUGGAGUGGUCGGAGAAGGAGGUGGACAUGUUCGUCGCCAGCGGCGGCUUCCUGAAGCCGAAGAGGAAGAAGCCCCUCGCCAAGUCCUCCGCGACGCUGGGCGCCGUGGGUGCAGCGCCGCCGUGCCCGGAGGCUGCGGCAGGCGGCGGCGCCGCCGCCGCCGCCGCGGCGACUACCUCCGCCGUCGAGUCGCCCGAGCUCGGGGCGCUCGCGUGGCGCGAGGACGGGCCAGUACUGGGGGCCCUACACGACCUACAUGGAAGACGUCGGGGAGCCGCGGGCUGA